GUUUAAAGUCUUUGCACUCCUCACGUUACUUUCAUGCUUCAGAUACUUAACGACAUGCUUAUUAACCGGUCGAAAUUCUAUUUUCGGAAGUCCGAAAUUGUUGAGGUAAAAAAGCUUAGCUUGCCGUUAUGACAGCAAGCAGCUGAGUAUGGGGAUUCCCUUGUUUGCUUGUUUCGUGGGCGGGAGACAGCGAGUGUCACACGAACGGGCGGCGGUGUCAAGUGUUGUGACAGGUUGAGAAUAGUCGAGAAAAUGUGUGGAAGGACAAACAGCGAUAUGGCAGUCCUCUUCACUGCUUCUUGGCGUCUCGUAGUUUGCCAACUCAUGCACAUACUGUAGCUAGCUACGAGCUGUUAAAACCUGCUGCUUCAUCAUAACUGUGCGUAAAGGGGCAAGCCAAGCAGCGGAUUCCAGAGCGAGAUCAGCAGGUAACAAGAACAGAUGAGGGCCCAGUGAAGUGGCGCAGCGGGGUUCAGCGCUGGGGACGGUGAUAGGGAAGUGGUGGAGCGGUGGAGAUCCGCUCCCAAGGUUUAUGGCCACUCACACAGAGAUCAGCCAGUGGUGCAGUGGGAAGCGGCUCUCGUGGCAUGACUACCACAAACAAGGGAAGCAAAGCCUUGAAGGUGAAGCGGGAGCCGGGGGAGAAUGGGACCAGCCUGACGGACGACGAGCUGGUCACCAUGUCCGUGCGCGAGCUGAACCAGCACCUGCGGGGGCUGACCAAGGAGGAGAUCCUGCAGCUGAAGCAGCGCCGGCGCACCCUGAAGAACCGCGGCUACGCGGCCAGCUGCCGGGUGAAGCGCGUCACCCAGAAGGAGGAGCUGGAGAAGCAGAAGGCCCAGCUGCAGCAGGAGGUGGACAAGCUGGCCACGGAGAACGCCAGCAUGAAGGCGGAGCUGGACGCCCUGCGCUCCAAGUACGAGGCCCUGCAGAGCUUUGCCAGGACUGUGGCGCGCAGCCCCGUCCCCUCCACCCGGGGACCCAUGGCCUCCGUCAUCGGGCCCCUUGUCCCGGGGCAGGUGGGGGCCACCAGCGUCAUCACCAUCAUCAAGUCCAAAACAGAGGCCAGGUCAUAGUCGCUGGAGGGGCCGUGCCGCUGAGCGGCGCCUCGUCAGGCGUGCUCUCGUCAGUGCAUUCUAACGGACCGCAGGAUUGGUUACGUGGCUCAUUCACCUCUUCUACCUUUUUCUAUUCUGGGUAGUCGUUUUCAAACUAAAUGCCAGCCUCUAGAACACUGUCAGCCUCUGUACCAACCGUACCACAGCGUACUAGAGCACAUGCUGAAACGUUCACCUAUUUAUCACCCUGGAUUUCAUACUAAAGAUUACAUGAAUCCAGGACUUUAUUUUAAUUUAUUUUUACGAUUCCUGAUUUGGCAUUGAACUCAAGACCUUUGAUUGAUUUGUGUUCAUUAUUUUCCACAUGGUGCUUAUUUAUGUGAUUAUGUUAUUUAUGAUUGUAUGUAUUCCCAAGAUUGGCUCUAGGGUUAGGGUUAACCCUAAAAAGAUUUUGUUCUGUCCUAAAACAGGAUUUCUUACGUUGAAAUUUGAUUUCAAAUGCACUGUUUUCAAACGUCCUCAACCCUUCUAGUCACAAGGGGUUGGGAUCACUUCUUUACCUUGUCACGAGUCUGAAAGAACUCCAAGGAAGCCACCUGUGUUUGUUAGCAUGCACUGACUGCUGUGAUGAUGAGCAACUAAUACUCUCCAACUCUUAUGUGAUGGAUGUCUUGUAAGCAGCCUCACUAACCCAAGAACAAGACUAGUACUUUGGCCUAAUUGAACCUAAAUCAUCCUAAAUCUGUCCUUGUGGUUUUAAAUGUCUGGGGUGAGGGACACACACACACACACACACACACACAACAAAAACAAAGAAUUACUGGUGAUAAGUUAAGCAUUCAUUUGAGUUAAAUUCCAUUCAUUAGAGACUUCUAUGAACAUGUCAUAGUCAGUGUGACUAUUAGAUGCAAUAAUAUACGUAUGCACUGAAAAAUACUAAAGGUCUGUCAGCGUUUUGGUAAAUGGAAUCGUUCCACAAAUGAUUAUGGUACACACUGAUUCGUGUUGUUCCGCUGAAGUCUAGAGUGCCAUUCCGAAAUGACGCAACGGCGUUUCAGAGAGCCUGAAUGUUUUUAUCUCCAUGGUUUGAGGAUACAUUUGAAACCAACUAAUCAAACGAGACAUGACCAUCCAUAGAGAAAAAUCUUUUAAACUGUUAUGUUCAAAAAUAUUUAAGAAUGUGUCGUUUUUCUUUUCCAGUGUUAACAUGUGGAUGGACAUAUUUCCAAAAGAAUAUUCACACAAGCUUUACUGUUUAACUGUCAAAUGUGUGCAUUGUAGUAGUUUUUGUCGAACUACAAGUUCUUGAUUUUUAUGAAUGCAUUGAGUACCUUGCAUUGUUUUUAGAAACACUCGGAAAAAAAUUACAGAAAAACAUGUGAUCCUUUUUGCAAUUGUACCAAAAGUGGCUUACUAUUGAAGUCUGAUAGCUUUUUCUAGUAACUAGGCGCGUGGAGUAGCGCGUUACGUGACGUGUAAGUGACAAGUUGGCAGUGUCGUUCACUGUAUAGAUGUCAAUGCUGUACUAUUUAAACAAAUCUGUAGAGCUAAUCUAGGUGGUGUAAACAAGGUCAGUGGUAUUCUUCCCUAUGGGCAUAUGUGAUAUCUCCUCCGCUCGAUGUUACUUCCACUAUCGUUUCAUUAUCGCAAGUUCCGUACGUCCAACUGUGCUCGACAGAAAUGGGUUAGGUGACCUGAUGACCAGUUAGCUUUUGAGGAAAUGCAGUCACAGUUUUUGUUGUCCCAGAACAAACCGUUAAAUGGGCGUCCAUUGACAGCUGAAUGCAAUGUUCUGCUCGUCUUCUGAGAGGAACAUAUGGACUGGAGUUCUGGAGCAUUCCAGGUUGUCUGGUUUCAUGUAUGCUAAAGGCUCUAUUGUAUUCCAAUACCAGAGGGUCACGUAUGCAUUGCCUCUGUGCUUUGGGGAUUAAACAGAGUCAGUCUUGUUAUUUCCUACUAAACAAGACAUGCUCGCAAUUGGCCAAAUCAGCUUGUGAAAAGGAACAAGCUUGCGUUGACCUCUAAGAGGAGACAAACGUUUAGUGAUCUGUUGCAUAACAAGGAUCCUGGAGGCCAUGGUUUGGAUGGCCUUUUCCAAAAGUUGUCUCCCUCAAACUGGAGCCUCAUCACCUGUCUCCCAAAAUGAGGAUAGCACCAAGCCAAGCAUACACAAGUGACCUAGCGAACCACUUGUCUUCAGACUGUCAGGUUCUCCUCACGGUUUGUGUGAGGUCGUACAGUGAAGUACAUGCACUAAUCCUCUGCUUGCUUUGCUCAGGACAAAAUAAGGUUGGCCUAAAAACGAACCACUUUCGAAACAAGAGUCGGAACUGGCAGCUCUGUUCAUCGUUUUAACCGUGUCAUAAAGGGCUUGGGUUCACACAGAGAGAGA